AAUCAUCCAUUUGGUCACAAUGGAAGGCAAAGAAACUGAUCAGCAUCGCCAUAUGCGCGUUGUCGUUAUGGCAGCAUGCACAGUUGCAACAAUUUCUGUUUUCUCUGCAAUUCUUGUGCUCCCAGUGCUCUUCACCUCUGUCCAGAGCCUUCAACAAGAAAUUGAUUUUGAAACCAAUUUCUGCAAGAUGCGCUCCCGCGAUAUGCUUGUAAACCUGUACCAAACUGGAGGGCAAAACCGUGUCAAGAGAGGAUGGCUUUUCGGGCAAUGGAUCCCAGACAGUGGAGCCGGAGGAGGUGCAGGAAAAGAAGACUAUGGAGCACCAGCCACCGAGCAACCAUACAAUGCCCCAGCUCCAUCCCCAUCCCAUGGAGGAUACGAUCAACCAUCCAACAAUGGAUACGGACCAGUUGUCAAUGCCGAGCCAGCUCCACAAUGCUGCACUUGCCAGCAAGGAAAUGCCGGACCACCAGGACCACCAGGAGAUGAUGGACACGAUGGAAAGGACGGAAACGCCGGAUCUGAUGCUCACAAUGGAAAGGACGGUGGAGUCGCUCCAUCUGACGGACUUCAAAGCGAGCCAUGCAUGAUCUGCCCACCAGGACCACAAGGACUUAUGGGACAAGCUGGAAAGAAGGGACCAACCGGACCACGUGGAUCCCCAGGACUUGCUGGAAUUGACGGAAGACGUGGAGAGCCAGGUAUGGUUGGACCAACUGGACUAGACGGAGAGCAGGGACCACAAGGACCUCCAGGAAAGAGAGGAGAAGAUGGACGUGUCAUCGAUAUCAACGGACCACAAGGAGCCCCAGGAGCACCAGGAGCUCAAGGACGCAAGGGAGAAUCCGGACCAAAGGGACGUCGUGGAAACACUAUUCCAGGACCACAAGGACCAAACGGAGAUGCCGGAAGAAAGGGACGUGCAGGACACAAGGGAGAGGCAGGAGGACCAGGAGGUCUCGGAUCCAAGGGACCAAAUGGAGACUGCUUCCACUGCCCAACCCCAAGAACCCCACCAGGAUAUUAAUCUAUAUGUCGAUUGUUUCUCUAAGUUACUGCAUAUACUUAUAAAUAUUCAACAGGAAACUACCG